UUUCGUUUUGGAGUAUCGGGCUCUUGGAAACCAACCGGUACAAACGGCGGAGGCUUUGCAAGUGAUAUGUCACUCAUGUGCUAAGAAGAUCAAACUGCUCUGCGUAUUAUGUCGGCCGACGCCGAGAAUAUUCGCGUCGUGGUCCGAUGCCGCCCUCUCAGUGAAAAGGAGCAGGCUGCAGGAUGUCAUGAAAUUGUGGCGGUUGACACUGUUCAGGGGACAGUCUUGGUUACCAACCCAAAUGGGGCACACGGAGAUGUACCCCCUAAAAUGUUCACGUUUGACACCGUGUUUGAUGUGAAUUCGAAGCAAGUCGAAGUCUACAACCAGGCAGCUAGACCGAUCGUCGAAAACGUGCUCGAAGGAUAUAAUGGCACUAUUUUUGCUUACGGACAGACGGGUACAGGAAAGACGUUCACCAUGGUGGGAGACCGCUCAGUGCCAGAGUUAAAAGGGAUCAUUCCAAACUCAUUUGCGCAUAUCUUUGGCCACAUUGCUAAAGCCGAGGGUGACAAGAAGUUCCUAGUGAGGGCAUCAUACCUUGAGAUUUACAAUGAAGAGGCCAGAGAUCUUCUGGCAAAGGACCAAAAUGCAAGGCUUGAAGUUAAGGAAAGGCCAGACAUUGGUGUAUAUGUCAAAGGACUUUCAAGUUGUGUCGUCAAAACAGCAGAUGAACUGGAUCGAAUCAUGACACUUGGAAACAAAAAUAGAGCUGUGGGUGCAACUAACAUGAACGCACACAGCUCUCGUUCUCACGCCAUGUUCACAAUCACCGUGGAGUGCAGCGAGUGUGGUCUCGAUGGUAGGCAGCAUGUCCGUGUCGGCAAGCUUCACCUCGUCGACCUGGCUGGUUCUGAGCGUCAGAGCAAAACGGGCUCUUCAGGUCAGAGGCUACGAGAGGCAUCGAAAAUUAACUUGUCCCUUUCAACCCUUGGCAAUGUUAUCUCUGCUCUGGUUGAUGGCAAAAGCACGCACGUGCCUUAUCGGAAUUCCAAACUGACCCGUCUGUUGCAAGAUUCUCUUGGUGGCAAUUCCAAGACUUUGAUGUGCACCAACAUUGGCCCUGCCGACUACAACUAUGAUGAAACAAUUAGUGCUCUUCGUUAUGCCAACCGAGCCAAGAAUAUAAAGAAUAAGGCUCGUAUCAAUGAAGAUCCAAAGGACGCCCUGCUUCGUCAGUUUCAGAAAGAAAUUGAAGACCUCAGAAAACAGCUGCAGGAAGGGGCUGAUGAUUCAACACCGGAGGAUGACAGUAGUGAAGAAGCUAGCUGUGGUGAUGACAACACUGAUAAAAAGGACAAGCGGAAACGAAAAAAAGCCAUUUCCGAGGAAAAGAUGCGUGAGAUACAAGCGCAGAUUUUAGCGGACAGAAAGACCUUAUCAGAAAAAAAAGACAUGGCCCAGGAAGAGCGUGACCGUCUCGCUAGUGAGCUUGAGAUGAGAGAACAACAGCUGAAUGCAGCAAGAGAAGAGCAGGAAGGUUUGAUGCAAAAGCUUCAUGCGCUCGAAAAGAAGAUCAUCGUCGGAGGUGAGAACCUCCUUCAAAAGGCCGAAGAACAGGAGCGACUCUUGGAAGAGAGUGCACGAGAGCUUGAAGACAGGAAGCGAAAGGAAGCUGCUCUCAGAGAAGCCCUGGAGCAGAAGGAGGCUGAGCGGCUGGAUAUGGAGGAGCGAUACUCCACUCUGCAAGAGGAGGCAGCAGGCAAGACACGUAAACUGAAGAAGGUCUGGGCUCUGCUGAUGAGCGCAAAGGCAGAGAUGGCUGACCUGCGUCAGGAGCACCAGCGUGAGGCCGAGGGGCUGCUUGAGAACGUGCGCCAGCUUAGUCGGGAACUGCGGCUCAACAUGCUCCUCAUAGACGCCUUCAUCCCGCCAGAGUACCAGGAGCUCUUAGAGAGGUGUGUCCAGUGGAAUGAAGACACCGGAGAGUGGCAGCUGAAGUGCAUCGCAUACACGGGAAACAACAUGUGCAAACAGAGUUCUCCUGAUGUUGGCAAUCUUCAUGAGAAAUCUGAUCUGGACUUAUCUCAUGUGUACUUGAGCUACUCUCCGGAUGGGCUGCAGAUGCCCGGCCGACACCGAUCAGGAAGAAAGUCAGCCCGUCCAAAGACCUCUCGUCCAAAGUCCUCUCGCAGCUUGUUACCUGGCAAACUUGAACUUUUGUCGCUGUUUUUCUCUGAUGCUUACGCAUUUAUUCAAUGCUUACAGUGCACCAACAUUGGCCCUGCCGACUACAACUAUGAUGAAACAAUUAGUGCUCUUCGUUAUGCCAACCGAGCCAAGAAUAUAAAGAAUAAGGCCCGUAUCAAUGAAGAUCCAAAGGACGCCCUGCUUCGUCAGUUUCAGAAAGAAAUUGAAGACCUCAGAAAACAGCUGCAGGAAGGGGCUGAUGAUUCAACACCGGAGGAUGACAGUAGUGAAGAAGCUAGCUGUGGUGAUGACAACACUGAUAAAAAGGACAAGCGGAAACGAAAAAAAGCCAUUUCCGAGGAAAAGAUGCGUGAGAUACAAGCGCAGAUUUUAGCGGACAGAAAGACCUUAUCAGAAAAAAAAGACAUGGCCCAGGAAGAGCGUGACCGUCUCGCUAGUGAGCUUGAGAUGAGAGAACAACAGCUGAAUGCAGCAAGAGAAGAGCAGGAAGGUUUGAUGCAAAAGCUUCAUGCGCUCGAAAAGAAGAUCAUCGUCGGAGGUGAGAACCUCCUUCAAAAGGCCGAAGAACAGGAGCGACUCUUGGAAGAGAGUGCACGAGAGCUUGAAGACAGGAAGCGAAAAGAAGCUGCUCUCAGAGAAGCCCUGGAGCAGAAGGAGGCUGAGCGGCUGGAUAUGGAGGAGCGGUACUCCACUCUGCAAGAGGAGGCAGCAGGCAAGACACGUAAACUGAAGAAGGUCUGGGCUCUGCUGAUGAGCGCAAAGGCAGAGAUGGCUGACCUGCGUCAGGAGCACCAGCGUGAGGCCGAGGGGCUGCUUGAGAACGUCCGCCAGCUCAGUCGGGAACUGCGGCUCAACAUGCUCCUCAUAGACGCCUUCAUCCCGCCAGAGUACCAGGAGCUCUUAGAGAGGUGUGUCCAGUGGAAUGAAGACACCGGAGAGUGGCAGCUGAAGUGCAUCGCAUACACGGGAAACAACAUGUGCAAACAGAGUUCUCCUGAUGUUGGCAAUCUUCAUGAGAAAUCUGAUCUGGACUUAUCUCAUGUGUACUUGAGCUACUCUCCGGAUGGGCUGCAGAUGCCCGGCCGACACCGGUCAGGAAGAAAGUCAGCCCGUCCAAAGACCUCUCGUCCAAAGUCCUCUCGCAGGGAUCAUUGUGGAGUUUCCUCUGGAAGCCUGUCCCAAGCUUAGUCCCAGUGGCCACAUCGUUUCAUAUUCAUGCCUGUCUCAUGCUCAGGCAAGAGCUGUGUCACUUGCGCUCACUGAGUUCGCGGUGGAUAUUCCACCAGCUGCCGUGCCAGUGGAAAUAAUCUACGUGCUUUAGUUGAUGUUCCAACUUGGGGCUACAGUGCAACAGAGAACGACACAGAUAGAAAGAAAGAAAGGGCACUGCUCUCCUUCCUUUCUUUGUGCAUGUUGUCACGCUUUGUCGUUUUAGCUUAACCAAGAACCAAGCCUGAUGUUAAGUAUGAAUGGGGACUCUUAUAGCACAGCGUAUGCGUAUUGUGUACUCCUUGUGGAACACCAAAGGUAUAGACAGGAGUACCAGCACUGGCGGCUACAUCUCUUGAGACCCUUCAACCAUGUGAGUUGGGAAACAUUCUUGUGUUGCACAAGUCUCGUCAUUGAAAAGGAGGAAGAGAAGAGGCGGACAUAUAUUAUUAAGGUUAUGUUUCUGCCAACACCUUAUGAGCUGCUGGAAUGCUCAGUGGUUAUGGCAUUUUGAUGCUGGGCAUGAGGUAGUGGGUUGGAUUCCCAGCCACUGUAGUUGCAUUGUGACGGAGGUGGAAUGCAAAAACACUGAUGUAGUACCAUGAUUUUAGUGCAUGGUAAAGAACCACAGGUGGUCAUAACUAAUCUGGAGCCAUCCACUACGGCGCCCUUCGUUGCCCAUAUGCUUCGACGUUAAACCUGACAAUUUUAUUUUAUUUUAAUCCAUCACCUUUGUCCCAGCAACUAAGUAGAGCACAGUCAUUCACUGUAAUAAGCAUUCCGCAUGUGCUAGUUGAACACAGUGUCACAAGAUGCCAACUCCAGUGCGGCUGUUCUUGUCUACAUCUUUGGUAUUCAGGAAGUGACAAUAUACGCACACGGUACACAAAUAUGAAAGGGAACAGCAAAUUUUAGUGUAAAGCCGAUUAUUUGUCUUGUUGCUGUGCUGAAAUAAUAAUUUUAAAAAGUUCCAUAAGGGCAGUUCUUCAACAUAAGAACUUUACAGCAUUAUAGCAGUAAAGGAGGUUUGGACUACUAUUACAUUUACAGGAAUCGGUGUUUGGACACAGACUAAGUACUAUCUUUCAUAUUGGGGCAGAGUGUACAGCAGCUUAAGCUCUCUAGUGCCAUUGUCACUGCUAAGCUUGCCGAUAUUACCAAGCUUGCCAAGCUUACCAAUAUUAUGCAAUGGCGUUGUCUAGGAGUAGUAUUGCAUUGCCUCGCAUUUUCCAUGCUUUCUGAGUGAGGGCCUACGUGAAGUUGUUGUGACAGGGAAACAUGAACGUGGAAGCAUGCGCUGUUCUUGUAAUACAAUCAUGCCAGAAUGAAACCUGAAUGGGAAAAAGCAAAUUGGAACAUAUCUUUGUGCCUAAUUGUACAGCUUCAAAAUGGACAGGGUUUGACUGUGGUGCAACCUAGCACCAAAACUAAGAGCAUGUGAAAACAAUUGCACUAUUGUCACUCAUGCUGGUAAAUGUGCAAUGAGAAGCAUACCUUCUGGUUAGUCCUCUCAGAAGGAAAAAAAUUGUCAUUCACCUGGGAGUAGCACAAAGCCACAAAGGAAACCAAAAGGAGAGUAGCACAAAAAACCACAAUGGUUUCUCAGAAUAAAUGCUUCACAGUUACAGAAAAGCACAAAGAUCCAACACAAUGUUGGAACUAAGUGACAUUAUGCAAUGUAUGAUGGUUGUCGAGGGAAGAAUGUUGAUAAAAGGUGUACGCACAGAAAAGUAUGACACAUAUGCCAAAGUGGCACAUCCAUUCGGGGAUUAGCCAAGAAUGGACACACAUCCAGUGACCCGAGUUGUCUAGUAGGCCAGACACAGCAGCCAGCAGCAAGUUGUCUAUUUGGGCUCACACCCGGGUAGAUAACUGGUGGACCAUUCGAAUUACAGAAUGGGUGCCAAGAGAAGGGAAGCGCAGUCGAGGACGGCAGAAAACUAGGUGGGGUGAUGAAAUUAGGAAAUCUGCAGGGAAAUUGGAAUCAGCUAGCGCAAGACAGGGGUAAUUGGAGAUAGCAGGGAGAGACCUUCGUCCUGCAGUGGACAUAAAAAUAGGCUGCUGCUGCUGAUGAUGAUGAUAUCUAUUGAGAAAAUGACAGUGAAUGCCAAACCCCAGGAAAAAGCAAAGUAAGCUUCGCUUUAAAAAAAUAGUUCUUGGACCAGAAUUAAUUUUUCUUUAACUGCAAAGCUUUCUUUUUUUUUUUUUCUGAGAAACUGGGAUGGGUUUCCUUUGUAGCUUCGUACUACAGUGAAAUUUGAUGGCAAUUUUAACAUCCCCACAUUUCAGAUUUGCAUAUAAAUGAUGUGGCAUAGCCAGUUUGCCUUCUCAUGUUGGUAUUUUGUUCUGGCAUGAUAGUAUGUGUGUAAUUCUCUGUGCUAAGUAGCUAACUUUACAUGAGUUUUGUUCUUACAUGAGCACCUUUUGUUCUUGUAUAGUAUGUGAGCAAGCUGAGAAUCCAAGUCUUGGGAUUUGACUUUACUUAGCUUCAAGCGCUGCAUAAUGGACUUUCUGAAAUAAAUUAUUGAACAAUACAGGGCAAAGUGCAAUUAACUAAUGUAUGUAUUCAGUUACUGCAUGGAAAAAAAAAACAA